GUUUAAUCUAUUGUCCACCCGACAACAGUCCACUCGUCAUUGGCUGCUAAUCAGAUAGCGACGAAGGUCGAUCAGGUCCCGGUGAGGUAGGCGGGAAACCAACAGCGCUUUUCAUUCUUGGCAAAGAAACGGAAGCAAAUAUGGUCCCGCCAAACGAAAGCGAAGAGGUCGCACACGAAAAAUCUGUGAAGAUCUGAUGACGGUCCGAUAUCUUCCUGUAGUAUAAGAGGUAACCGCCCGGAGAUCGCUAUCUGAUAACGAAAUCGCCGUAGUACAGAAUGACUCUGCACAUCACCAUCGUCGGCCUGUGCAAGAGCCAUUCAACAUGCUCGGCUUCGGCAAACGGAACGACAGCUUGCAACGCUCGGUUCACCCAGCGGACGACACCCAUGACUAUGCGUCCUCCGAGGAAGCAGGGCUAGUCGAUGAGCGAAAAGAGAAACGCUUCGUACGCAAGCUGGACUGGAUUCUGGUGACUUGGGCAUUCUUCGCCUACCUCUUGAAGAUGAUCGACGGCACCAACUACAAAACGGCCUACGCAUCUGGAAUGAAGGAAGAGCUCAACAUGACCGGAAACGAACUGAACUUCCUUGACAUCUACUAUCGAAUCGGUUACGCCAUCUUCCUCCUACCGUGUCAGAUCAUCUUGACCAAGGUUCGGCCGAACUGGUGGUUGCCUUCGAUGGAGAUGGCUUGGGGUCUCAUGACAGCCUUGAUGGCCGCCGCUCACGACGUCCGCAUGAUGUACGCUCUGAGGUUCUUCAUCGGUGUCUUCGAGGCCAGCUCGUAUCCCGGUAUCAUCUCCAUCCUGUGCAACUGGUAUACACCCAGAGAGGUCGGAGCGAGGAUCGUAAUCUUCAGCGCUUCCUACCCUGUCUCGGCCAUGUUCGUUUCGGCAAUGCAGGCCAGUCUGUCCAAGACGUUGGAUGGACGAUCCGGUCUCUCCGGAUGGCGUUGGCUUUUCAUCUUCAACGCCAUCAUGACGUUCAUCGUGGCUGCUGCGGGCUACCUCAUGGUUCCCGAUGCCCCGGGAACUACCAAGAUCUUCUGGAUGUCGGAGCAAGAGAACAAAAUCGCGAGGGCUCGCAUGGAUCGCGCAGAACGAUUGCCUUCCACACGUUACUCGUGGGCCUUUGUCAAGAGCAUAUUCAAGAACCCGGUCACGUAUGCUUUCGUCUUUGCCUACAGUACAUGGAGUUGGAGUCAGGACUCGAACGGAUGGUUUAUUCUCUUCUUGAAAUCCGUCAAGAACGGCGAUGGGACCAAGCGCUUCGACGUGGCCGAGAUCAACGCUAUCAGCAUCCCAGCCUAUGCCUUGAUGCUGGUCGCCAUGUUGAUGUUUGCGUACUUGCACUCGGUCACUGGUUGGCAUACCACUUGGAUUCUCGUUCAAGAGACGUCCUUGCUCAUCGGAGUCAUCAUUCUGGUAGUCUGGCCUCAAGCUUUCGCUACCAAGAUGGUCGCAUUCUUCUUGCUGUUCUGCUCGUGCGCUGUUGGACCAAUACUCAUUGCAUGGAUGUCAGAAUUCUUCAGGACACCCGAGGAGCGAGGAAUCGUGAUCGGUCUGGCGGUCACGUUUGUCUUUCCCAUGUCCGCUUGGAUGUCCAGUUAGUACUUCCCUAGCGCCACAAACUUUCAUGUCGCGACUGACCCUAUCUCUUUGCAGUUGUGUUCUAUCCGGCGAAAUACGCCCCGCUCUACCCCAUCGGCUACAAGGCCGCCUUGGGAAUGGCUAUCGCCUGUAUCUUGUUCACGUUGGCUUUCAAAUGGCUUUCUUUACGUCGUCCCGCCGCAUCGAUCGCUGCUAUCAUCACACAGGAACCGGCGGACUCAGUCAGAGAUGGUAGUCAGGACGACGAGGAAAAGCCGGAUGAUGUGGUCAAGGGCGAGAUGCCAGUUGUGCCAACGCUGAGAGCGUAGUAGCCAGACAGACAUAUGUAUUAGGGAAUAUGAGUGAUCACGAAACCGAAUAUUAAUACUCCAAAG